ACAUUAUUAUUUAUUAUCAGUGUAUCGACAGUGAAAUGUGCAAGGAUUUUGGCUGUAUUUCCAACACCAUCUAUAAGCCAUCAAAUUGUGUUCCGACCGUUAACUCAAGAACUAGCGAGGCGAGGUCACGAACUUAUUAUUUUAACUCCAAACCCAGCAUUCCCUAAAGGACUAGCACCAAAAAAUAUAAUAGAAAUAGAUGUCCACAAUGAAUCUUAUGGGGUUAAGAAUCAAAUGACGAAAGAAGCACAGGAUACUAAUACAAAUGCAUUCCAAAAGAUUGGAUUACUAUCACAGUUGUUUGCCAAAGCCUUCAAAGCACAAUUGGAAAACGAAGAAUUCAAUGCUGUAUUAAAAUUACCAGAAGACCAUUUUGAUUUGCUUCUCAUAGAAGCUUGUGCAACCGCCACCUUAGGUUUAUCGCAUAUAUUUAAAGCGCCAGUUAUCCAGAUUAGUUCUCUGGGAGCAUUAUUAAGCAAUUUUGAAUCUCUUGGAAUACCUAUGCAUCUCUUUCUUUUCCCAUCUACCGUUCGUAGGAGAACUCUCAAUCUCUCCUUAACAGAGAAACUUGAAACUCUUGUAGAAAUUGCCGUAUCUAAGUACGUUUCGAGAACGACUAGAAAUUUAGAAAAUGAUAUACUUCGUAAAAAAUUUGGUAACGAUAUUCCUUCUUUGGAUGAAUUAAGCAACAAUAUUGAUAUGUUAUUUCUAAACACCAAUCCUCUAUGGGCCAAUAACUAUCCAGUACCACCUAAUGUUAUUUUUACGGGAGGGAUACAUCUACCUGAAAGAAAGGAUCUACCAAAGGUAUGAUUUAGUAGUUUAGCUAUAAUAAAUUUAAUUACUGUAUAUAAAUGUAAUUUUAA